UUCGUUAGCGCAGUCGGAGCCGCUGUAGUGUCAUCACUGGACCGAAACGUCAACAAAGUCCCCCUUUUCACCCUCUUUGGGACUGGAACAAGAUGAGUGUCGUUCAGGCAGUGAAGAAUUACGUGAACAAGAUGAUAUCCGAGAGCGAGCCGGGUUAUAAGAUCAUGCUGAUGGAUAAAGAGACGACAUCAUUUGUAAGUUUGGUCCUAGGGAUGAGUGAAGUCAUGAGGCAGGAAGUAUACAUGUUUGAGCGCCUGGACCAGACAAGCUCAGGGGAAAACAUGUCAUACCUGAAGUGCCUAGUUUACGUCCGACCUACACAGGACAAUAUCAGAGCCUUGUGUCAUGAGCUGCAGAAGCCACGCUAUGGAGCUUAUUAUAUAUACUUUAGCAAUGUGGUCAGCAAGAGUGAUGUGAAGCUCUUGGCAGAGGCCGAUGAGCAUGAAGUUGUGCGUGAAGUUCAAGAGCUCUAUGCAGACUACCAGGCUUUGUCGCCUCAUCUCUUCUCUCUCAACAUGCCCAUCCACUCACAUGGUAUGAAAUGGGGCUCUGGGUGUCUGCAGCGUACUGUCCAGGGUCUUGCUGGUGUGCUGUUCAGUUUACAGCUGCUGCCCACAAUCCGUUAUCAGAAUAACUCAGAAAUGGCUCGCAGUUUAGCUGAAAAUAUUAGACAAACUAUUGUAACAGAAGGCUCCUUGUACACAAAUGUCGACACGGAAGGUAAUUCUUUGUUACUCAUCUUAGACCGAAGAGAUGAUCCAGUGACACCUCUUUUGCACCAGUGGACAUACGAAGCAAUGGUGCACGAGCUCUUGGGGGUGAACAAUGGCAGGGUUAACCUUGCACAUGUGCCUGGGGUGUCAGAUGACUUGAAGGAGGUCGUCAUGUCACCCACUCAAGAUGACUUUUAUGCUCGGAGCAUGUAUCUGAACUAUGGUGAGAUUGGCCAGACUAUCAAGGACCUUAUGGAAGAUUACCAGAAGAAACUGUCCAAGCAGCAAAAAGUGGAAUCCAUUAACGACAUGAAGCAUUUCGUCGAGAGCUAUCCCCAGUUCAAGAAAAUGUCAGGCACAGUGAGCAAGCAUGUGACUGUAGUGGGGGAGCUGUCGAGACUGGUUGGCACUCUUGGUCUUCUCGGCAUUUCUGAGUGCCAACAGGAACUCGUCUGCGGCUCAGAUCACUCGGCUAAUCUCCAGAGGAUUUACCAGCUUGUAACAGAUGUGAAAGUAAGGGAGGCAGAUGCAGUCGCUCUCGUCAUGCUCUACGCCCUUCGCCAUGAGGGUCAUCCUAACAAUGACGUCCGGGGGCUCAUUAUUGCCCUGCGCAAGAGGAAUGUCGGCGAUGACUACUUGAAGUUAUUAUCAUCGUUGAUGGACUACGGAGGAGCAAGGGCUCGGCAGAGUGACCUCUUUGGCACUCAGGCUCCCCAGGACGUUUCGGCUAUCAAAAAGCGUCUCUUCAAGGGCCUUAAAGGCGUCGAUAAUGUGUACACACAACACAAGCCAUUGGUUCUAGACACCAUCUCAGAGGUAGCUAAGGGACGUCUGCGAGAGGGUGCUUAUCCGUACUGUGGAAAUCCCGCCCCCACUGCAUCAAAACCACAGAACGUAGUGCUAUUCAUCAUAGGGGGUGUCACAUAUGAGGAAUCGGCCGCCAUCCACCAGUUCAACACUAACAACCCAGGCAUGCGCGUUAUUCUGGGUGGCUCGACAGUCCACAAUUCAACCUCAUUCCUGGCGUCGAUGGAGGCUGCUAUGGAUGGGCUGCCUCGGAAGACGCUGAGAAUAUGAGCUGUGAAGUUGCCGUUGGAAUCGGAUAUUUAAUUAAUUUUAUUUAAUGGCAGUUUCGGAUGGGUUGGGGGGGGACCAUGGCUAGCUAGCUUUUGAUAUAUGAUUAUAUUUAUAUAUAUAUAUAUUGUAAAAAAGAGGAAAUAUGUAUAUCAGUAACAAUGACGACAGUGCUGUGUUAGGGUAGAGUGAUAGCCAAGAGAUAGUGUAUAUAAUACUGAGAGAUGGAUUUGACAAGAUAUUUUAUAUCAUUUUCAUUUUUGUAAAUAACAGGAAUAAGUCAUUACAACUAAAACACACAGAAUAUUUGGAGGUAUGAUGAUAUAGAGAUGGAAAGGUGUGUUAAUGUGUAUGCUUGUGUAUGUAUGUGUG